AUGUAUCGACACGACCCCGGCGCGGGCGCGGAACAGCACUAUCAACUCCAAGCGGGCUCUGGCAGCUCUCCUUUCGCUCAAGCACACUUUGACUCUCCAAUCUAUGGCAUUGACCCUGCGCUGCACAAUCGCCCACAGCACCUCCAUCCCGCAACUCGCCUCGGUCAGCGAUCGUCUCCGCACAUGAGACAGUCGUCCAAUGAGUUGUCGGCAUCGAUGCAACCUCCUACUAGCUCGCCUCGGAUGAACAACAGUACCCCAGGACCUGGCAAUGCGUCUUUGUACAGCCCAACAGACAGGCGAUUACCUCCAAAGGAUGUCUCGGCGGAGAAUAUUGCGGAGGUGUAUACCGACUUCAUCCUCUACUGCAAUCCAAACUUUCCCCUCGAUGUCGACACUAGCACACUUAAGACGACUUUUCAGACUCCUCCCAAGAGCGACAACAAGGACUUCGAGACGUUUCGCCUGUUCGAGCUCAUUCGAAAAUUCCAUGCGAAGGAGAUCAAGACAUGGGGUCAACUAGCACUGGAUCUGGGUGUCGAGGCACCGGAUACGACCAAGGGCCAGUCCGUGCAAAAGGUUCAACAGUACAGCGUGCGACUCAAGCGAUGGAUGCGGGCCAUGCACAUCGAUGCUUUCUUCGAGUAUCUCCUGGGCAAACAGCACAACUACUUCACGGAAAUCCCGCACCCUAACGACCCAUAUCCCUCGACGGGCAGAGACGGUGUCAUGGCUGAGGAGGACCUUGCGAUCCGAGCUCUGGAUCCUUCUUUCAGGCCUAAGCGAGGGAGACGGAGGAAUUCAGAGGCCGAAAGGGAAGAGGAAAACGAAGCUGAGCCUGCGAGCAAGCAGCCUAGAUUGCUUGACCAUCCUGCACCCUAUUCUGGCGCGCCUAUGUCUUCCAUACCGCUCAGCGCCAAUCCAGAUAACUACCAUGAUCCUUGGGCUGUGGCUUCUGCGGUCACGCCGCAGAGCUUCGCACCAUGGUCAGCUAGACCAGGUGGCCCGCCAUCAGCUUUCUCUUCAACGUCAAACCUUCGAUGGCAGCUAGGCCAGACUCCGAGCACGCCUCAUCCAAUGAGCGCUAUUCCGACCUCGAUGUCUGCUCACAUUGACGCCGCAUUCGAUGGAGAGCCCAAGUCGGCGGUCACACCCUCUUCCAGGAGGAGGAGGAAACAUGGUCCUGCUGUCUCUAGUGCAUGGUCAUCCAACACCGCACCUGGCUCCAAACCUCGAGGAAGACCUCCUGCAAAUCGAAAUGUUCAAGACGGACCUUAUGGCACGUUCCCCGUAGAUCCGACGAACGAGAAGUCGAGAGCUCAAAGCUCAACCCCGGCUGAUGGUGUAGGUCAUGUUACAAACUCUUUCGGCGAGGACCGAAGUCCUCCGCAGCUGGAUCAACCGACUUUCCAACCCCAAAGCGAAGGACGACCGGGCAGAUUGUCUCUACAAGUUCCACCACACACCGGGGCACCGGUAAGACUCGCGACGCCUCCUACAUUGCUUGUAAAUGGAGAGACGAACGAGACAGGAAGCAAGAGCGACUCAGAUGAUGCUAGUCGAAACGUUGUAGCCGUGACAGCACCUCCUCACGGGCGUACCGUCAUGAGUACAGCCGGCGGCAAUGCCAUACCAGGCUUCUCUUUUGAAGCCCUGAAACGCGUCGUGACAAGCGAUCUACUCCGCGCAGACAUCAUCGGCAGGAAGCAGCGACUGACCGGCGACGAGGCUAAGCGCCUCGCAGAUGCUGUGCUCGAGCGGCUAGGCGUCUCAAGAUCGGAUUCAGACAACCCUCGGGAUAGUCUUGCUCGGCUCACCGCUGCUUCCUGGCUGGGGCUCGGCGACCAAUUCAACGUGCCUCUCGGUCCUUCAGCGGGUCACGGCAAGCGCAUCAACGUCACGCGUUUCCGAACCGACGCCGAAGGCUACGAAGAAAUCACCUUUGACGAAGACGCAGACGAUGUCCGAGAAGUCUUCGAUAUCUUCUGGCAAGCAAGCCAAGGAGGCUGCACGGGCAGUUUCGAAAUGAAAGGGCUCUCACUCAGUCCCCACACGCCUCCGGGCCCGACGACGGAGACCUUGCACGAUCUCAUAUUACGCAAGAGCGUGGAGGGCGUCAUGAAUCUUGAAAAGGACGGGUGGCUUGAGAAGAAUCUGCUCGAGGUCGCUCGGGCUGCGAAGCCGUUUAAAGGCGGCGGUGGGGACGACGGAGUCAAUUGGAAGGCACGGUGUAUGGCGCUGGAAUUUGCCGCGAAGAUCGCGCAGGGUGAGGUUCAGAGGGCGCAGCAGCGGAUGAUCGAGAAGAUGUUGAAUGCUGUCUUGUAG